GUCAUACCUUAGUAUUUUUUUUGGUUUGCCGUUGUUAUUUUUUUUAUGUAUACCUAGUGAUUGUAUUUAUAGAUUGUAUUCAUGCUUCCUCUACAACUUUUGAACAAAAUGUUUUAAAUGCAUUUAUUUAUUUUAUUGCAAUAUUUAGCAAUGUGAUUGUAUCGCUUUUAUUCUAAACAUGUUUAUUCCGAUAACUCCUCGCUGGCGAUCUGGUCGCUGUCCUCCGUGCUCGACUCGCUCUGUGUGUGAUUGGUUGGGUCUGACCGCUGGUUCCGCGUCUGUCUGUGGUCUGUGCUCCACUCGCUCUGUCUGUUGUGAUGGCGGCUGUGACCUGUCGCGCUUUACUGAAGGAGAUCCGGAUCGCCAAGGGCUCUGAUUACAGAAACACUCUGGUGUAUAAAUAUGUGCUGGAGCAGUUCAGGAGGAACCAGGUAACGGAACCAAGAACUGAACAGAAACACGAUCGCUGCUCUGGACACACACUUCCACGGCAAACGGUGACCGGCGCUCAGCUGUGCCGCGAGCGGAUGGAGGCUCUUCACACGGCGCGCUCGUACCUGUGUCUGCACGAGCGAUAUCACGCCCGCGGCGAGCGCGCUACCGAGCAGGUGGCGGGACUCGUGGGGCUCCGGCUCCCCACGCAACCGGGCGGCAAAGGCUGGGAGACGUGAAGAGAGUGUGUGUGUGUGUGUGUGUUAUAGUGUGUGUGUAUGUGCAUUUAUCUUCAAAUAAACUAACUCACUUUAAAUCACGAACAGUGUGUGACAGUGAGUCUGUGCUGGAAUUCAAAGUCCAAAUAAACACACAGAUUCUCCAGAUUUACUGGAAAACAACACUGAGAUCCAAGUUAUAAACCACAAUGCAUUCACACUAAUGCACAAAAUACUGGAUUAAGAUGUUUUAAUGUUUUUGAGUUAAAAAUCUCUUCCGCUCACCACAGCUGCGUUUAUUUGAUCAGCAAUGCAGUAAAAUAAUGUGAAUAUGUGUUAAACUGUAAUGUAUUUCUGUGAUCAAAGCUGUAUUUCCAGCAUCAUUACUCCAGUCUUCAGCGUCACAUGAUCUUCAGAAAUCAUUCUAAUGUUGCAGUUGUGCUGCACAAUAUUUUUUUGGAAGCUGUUAAAUGAGACUUUUUAAAGAAAUUAAUGCUUAUAUGCAUCAAGGAUGCAUUAAAUUGAUCUAAAGUGACAGUAAAGACAUUUAUAAUGUGACAGAAGAUCUUGGUUUCAAAUAAAUGCUGUCCUUUUGAACUUUCUGUGAAUCCUGAGAAAUAAAUGUGAUGAAUGAACAGGGA